AUGUCGUCGCCCCACUCGAAACCAAAUCCCGCAGAUUCAGGCCGCGUUCGCUCCAGCAGGGCUUGUCUUUCCUGCUCCCGCCGCAAGGUCAAGUGUGAUGGUCUACAGCCAUGCAACAACUGCUCCAAGGACUCCACCCUCUGCGAGUACGGUGCUCGGAAGAAGCGCGGUCCGCCCAAGGGCUGCGAUCCUAGAGGUGGUCGCAGGAAAAAGGCACAAGAGCUUGGGUCGGACUCCAAAUCGUCGCUACCGACCAAAGUGUCGCCGCCGUCGACUGUAGCUGCCUCUGUGCCUCACUCUCUCUUCACAGCUCGCAGCUCGGACGAGCGCCCUGCUCCUCAGCACUACCCUUCAGACCAUACACUCCCCCGCUCAGACCAUCCCAGAUCGCCUCUGACGCCUCCCAAAGGGGAAGAGUAUCGAACAUCGCAGCCCGAUGUUACUUCUUCGCUCUCUGCAAAAACAUCCUUUGAGGCACGUUUCUCUUCAGCUGACAGAGCCGGGUCCACUUCGUACCCGUCACGCGAUCCCCAUCCCGCAUGGUCCAGACCCUCCUAUGAGCCGCCAAGCACGACGAGUCCUCCCUUCUCAAGCCAUUCUUCUCAUCGAGUCGACGGCACGUCAGCCACCUCCGCCAGUCAUGCGCAUCACUAUCUACAGCCACAGCUUCCAGCGCAUCCCCAUUCAGGCCAUCAUCAUCCAGAUCGCUCUUGGCCAUCUUCUUCCUCUGCCGACCGCCACUCGCAGCACCAAACAGCGUCAUCAACUCACUCGUACGAUGCCUAUCCUCUGCAGGCACCUUUGCGCGACUAUUCUCGUGCCUCUCCGUUGGCCUCGCAUCACUCUAUGCCACCGCCGCCUCACACGAUCUCCACAGAAGCAACCACGCAUUCCUUGCCCUCUGUUCGUACCAACGGGGCCAAUUUCACACCCACAUACCCUACGCAUCGCCCGUAUCCGGGUCGCGGAUUGCACGAUGGUCCUGCAGGCCUCUAUCAGUCUGGAUCAUCCGUCUACGACAGGGCCUCGACUCUACCACCAGCAUCCUCCCUGACCCGACGCCAUCCGGUUUCAGCGAGCAGACUCACAGAGGCCGCGACCACUUCAGCGCCUUUGACAGCUCAGUGGACUUCGGCGGCCUCGCCUGCGUUUACAAGUGCUUCACAUGGCUACAGUCCAUCCACUGCCGCAGUUCAUCACCGAUCAUCCUGGCACAACGGCUCACAGCCACCUUCACCGCUUGGUCCAGCUUCUUUACCGCGCUCUCAGGUCUCCUCCCCUGGCACCCAUUGGCACGACCACAACGAGCGGUACAGUCCUGCCACCGGCGAUCAUGUGCAUCCCUCUUCGUCUAAGGUGCAUCUCGAAGACCGCUUGCCGACCCACAUCCUCCAGCGACUCCUCGACAUCUACAUCACCUUUGUGCAUCCGCAUUGGCCCAUCAUCUACCUACCCUCCAUUGCCUCGCUGCACUCGCUGCGCCACACUCGACCCGUCGUCUUUGAAGCCAUCCUUGCUGUGGCUUCCAACACCUUUGACGCAUACCUCGACUCGGCUUCCCAAGACGACCAGCAGAGCUCCAUCCCCGUCCUCGAGAGGCUCUAUGCCGAAUCACCGCAAAGUACCGAGCCAGCCUUCAAGUCCAACGAGCUGCGAGACCACUUCCUGCAACGCGUCAAGACACGCAUCUUUGAGGGCAAGUUCACGCAGGACAUUGGCACCAUUCAGGCUGCCAUUCUCGUCAGCGUCGUGGAGCUGGGAAGCGGACACUCCUCGAGCGCAUUCCAGUUUGGCGGCAUCGCCUGCCGAAUGGCUCUCGACAUGAAUCUUCAUCGCUGUACAGCACAGUCUUCUUCCACCGCGGGUGCUUUUGCCAACAGCCGUGAUAUCCAGCGCCAUGACGAUGCUGCUAGCAAACCAAACAAUGGCAGGGUGGAUUCACCCGCGUGCGCAGCGCAGCUUCAAGAAAAGAUGCGUGUAUUCUGGGCCUGCUACAUCGUCGAUAAGAUCCUCUCCACUGCGCUCGACAAGCCUACUCAGCUUCGCAUGGCUGAGAUCGAGGCAGAUUGGCCAUCCGUGCAGGAAGCUGACGAGUACGAUCUUUGGCUCAACGAGACAACGGGUAAGUUUGUCGACAAGAGCCAGCUUCCGUACCUCGAAGGCGUCAAAGUGCAUGCCCUCAGCAGCUUCAAGGCGUGGGCCGAGGUCAUGGCCAUCCUCGAGCGCAUCCUCGAAGAAGUCUACAGCCCUCAGGCGAAGCGCGACCGUCACCGUACCAAGGGCGUUUCUGACUACGAGGCGCUGCUCCGGCUCAACGAUCGCUUGAUCAAGUGGCGCGCGGAUCUGCCGCCUCACCUCAAAUGGUCAGGAACUUGGACGUCGCCAGAGCUGCUCUCGUCGACGUCGGCACGCAGGAGCACAGCGGAACGCAAAGAGUGCGAUCCGCACCGUGGCUUUCCGCCACAGAUUCUGACCAUGAGGUCGUGGUACUGCAUCUGCCUCAUCCUGCUGCAUCGCCCGCGCGUGCCGAAGCUGUUGUGUGGUUCCAGAGGGCGCAGCUCGAGUUUAGUCGACGAGACUGGAUCGGUCGACCCGGAGAAUCAGAAGGAACCAACAGGCGAAAAGGGUCAGAAGAGUGAUGCACAGGCAGCCGUCCAAGAGAAGGGCCCUGAGCUUGCUGGACUCGAUAUUUGCAACGCAGCCGCCAAGGAGGUGUGUGACAUCCUCCACGUCUACGGAUCUUCCUUCCGCAUCCGGAAGAUCUCUAGCAGUUGGGUCUACCUCAUCUUUCAAAGUGCCACCAUCCACGCCGCGCUCGCCGCCAGUAAGAGCGUCGUUGUCUUCAAAGCGCGUCAGUCGACCAUCUGGAGUCGACAGGGAUCUGCUAUCCCUCCAAACGAGCUGUCAUCGGCAGGCCCGGACGGUGCCCAACUGGGAGACGAAGGGGAUCUGCAUGCCGCUGGGGGUGGCGACGCCGAAGCACAUCGCGUGACCGAAGCUGAGCUGGAGGGCUCGUCCGAGCCGGUCAAGAGUAGCGCGCUUUACCUUGCUGAGUGCGUGCGCUACCUGAAGAGGAUCGGUCCUACAUGGCAGAGCGCGUCGCAUCACGUUGCUGUGCUUCGCAACUUGUGUAUUGCAAGUGCCCAAGCGAGACCGUUGAGUCCAUCCGUGCCGCAUGCCACGGUGAAAGGGACGGAUCAGCACGCCUCGCAAGCGAGUAACUCUGCUUCUGCUGCUGCCAAGACCGAGGAUCAUGACGUGGAAUCAGACCUGCACCCUUUGCCGGACUCUGAAGCUGGACACGCGCUUCAGCAACACGGUGACUGGUCUGCAAAAGGUAGACAGCACGAUGCAGGCGCGGCUUCGGAUGCAAGCGGGGUGGGCAACGCGCAGCAGUCACUCCAACAGGCCGGCCAAAACGGCCAGCACGCCUACCACGGCCAUGAAAGCAGAGCUGCGGCCGCAUUACUCGGAGGUAUCGCUCCUACUACCGCAUCGAGCAACCUUGGCCUUGGCGCUUCGCACGAGUGGCAGUAUCUGCAACCUGCUAACCACACAGCAGUAACUUCCCACGCACAACUACUCGCAGCACCCAGCAUGGCCGUCAAUCACCAGCACGCCCAACAGCAACCGCUGCAGCAAGUGGUGCAGCAAAGCAUGUACGCGAUCAACGCCAACGACUCGACGUUCUGGGCCUCGAUGCCUGUUGCGUCAGAGGGGUACAACGACUGGGACGAGUUCUUCAAGACGUUCAACCCGGGUGCGGGCGCAGACUUUGCGUCGCAGCAGGUCAACUACCACCCGACUGCUGCGCUCGACCUGAUCACAGCGUUGCAGGAUCCCAAUCGGUUGCUCAGCAGUCUUCAGCAACAGCAGUAA